AUGUCUUCGGAUCUCAGAUCAAAGCAGGGGAGGAAUAGAUCCAAAAGCCAGGCUUUGUGAGUAGCACAGUUCAAGAUGGUAGCUGAUAGCGGGUACAGAGGCAAGAAUCCUGCCCUCAGAAUGUUUCCGGGGACUCUGAGUUCUGGCCAGGGGAUCAGUAUGGCUGCCGACCCUCAGUUUGGUUUCUGGGCUGCAGUAAGUCAGUGUCUGCAAAAUAUGUGGGCCCGGAGGCACUUGGACCUGUUUCUGUUUCUACUCUGGAUGCUGGUGAUCCUGUGCUAUUUUGUGAAUACUGAUUCUGUGUCUUUAAGUAAGAAAUUGCCACGGCACAAUGGAACUCUAAAAGUUCGAUCCAACUGGGAAAUUCUGUUGAAAUUUUUCUUUCCAACAAGGACUGACAUGGCUAAGGCAUGCAUUAUAAGGGAGAAUCAGGAGGUAAUGGCUUGUAAUAAGCAAUCAUAUCUCAGCGAGACUGAAUGUUUAAAAUCCAAGUGCUGCUUUUCAUCAUCUGGGACCAAAAUGAGGUGCUAUGCCCCACGAAGAGAUAAGCCUACACAGAUGCUCCGGGUAUUUGGGUUCUCUGUGAUCAGCAUGAUAAUCCUGGGAUUUCUUCCUAUGUAUUGCUGUUCUCUUUGCCGGAGAAGGCUUUGUAUAUUUUAUCAUCAAACAAACUGGGAUGAAAAAGAAGUGUGCGAGCUGGAGAUGUGCGGAGUUGUGGCAGCCAACUCGGGGGAAUCUCUGCAAGUGGUGAACUACCAGGGCUCUCACACCCUUGUUCUUAAAACAUUGGUCUGUCUUUAA